CCUGAAAAAAAUCCAAAAUCUCCUGACUUCAUGCAGAAAUGAAAGUCAAAAGAUAUCCACAAUGCUUAGUCACUUCAUCUCUUUAAGUUCCCUUCUUUAGUAAAUUAUAUAUAUAAACCCUUAAGGUCAGCCACACAUCUGGUGUCAGUGGUCUAGUUUGAUUUCCAGGUGACGUGUGCAUUAAAGGAUGCUGCAGCACUGAACAUCCAUUGGUGUAAUUUGUGGGUGUGUUUGUGUGUUUUCGGCAACCCUGAUUACUGAAAAAGGGUGCUAAAGAAAAAAAAACCUAUGCUCAGUCAUGAACUUUUGGUGAGCGUGCAGAAGCUUCCAAAAGACAGUUUAACUCUCUUUAUGCAAUGCAAAGGUCCAAGUCAUGUGUCCAAAGCCUCAGCAGAUUGCAGCCCCAUCUCAGAGUGAUUAGCAAGGCUUUUCAGUCUAUCCUUAGCCUCUUGUGCAUCUGAUUAGCAGGUAUAGGCCACUUCUGCAGGAAAGCUGUGGCACCAGCUUCCAGUUUCACUGCUUGCAUUAGCUGUAGUUUCAUUUUUGAUAUUCGGAUCUCAUUCGUAACAUUUGCGAAUAUUUUGCUUUAUUUUUUGGAUCACACUCUUCAUUAAUGUAAUCCUCUUCCUGUAAUUGCAAGAGAAGGAGCCGACAUAGUGUUUUUGUCAAUGACAAAGACGAUAACCGAGUUUUGGAUGAACAAGAGUCAUAGAGAUGUUUCCUUCAGGGCCCUUUUCCAGGCAGCGCCAGAAAAACAUGACAGUCUUCUGUUAUUGUAUGCUGCAUUUCAGCUGUUAUUUUCUUUUGCGGAGCUGAGAUCCUAAGCAAAUCCACCCAAACCAUCCAAAAUGUCCUCUCAUAAACACAACUUUCAGUGCUUCAAUGCCAUAGGUGGAAAGGGCUCCCACAAAUCUUCUCCCCCAUUCAAGCAUCAUACCACCCAUUUACCCAGAAUCCCCCAGCAUGGCUCGGUGGUCCAUCACGACCACACAGAUGAAUGCUGCUUUUGCAGUGAGUACAGACAUGCCGAAGCCCUGGAAGAGGAGGAGACACAUCUAUCAGAUUUCCAUCAGACUCACCCAUCGUACCACAAAUAUCACCCACAUCAGUACGUCCUUAGAGCACCGGGGAGACCCGAAGAGGCCCCUGUAGAUCAGGAAUGCCACAUCUUCCAUCACAGGCACAACAAGAGAGUGGUGCUGGUGAAAAGCAGCGAUCCGUCAGUCAAGAAGACAAUCAUUUUGCACCGCAGAAGUCUGCGCAGCUUUGGCCUUUUCUUGGAAGAAAUUUCUGAGCUCAUGCACUUCAACAUCAAGAAGCUGUACACUCCAGAAGGCCAAAAGAUCGACAGUAUUCAGAGUCUUCUGCAGUGCCCGGGUCUACUUGUCUGCGUGGGCAGGGAGCCUACUCAUCCUUCACUGACGGACAAACUUCCAAAGCUGGGCAUGAAGUCCCAUUACACUGACUCCACUGAUGGACACAAAAGAAUUGCUGCUGAGAAAAAUGUCAUCUCUCUAGAAGCAGAAUCUGUCAAGAAAGGAACCAAGCAGUCACCUGAGAAGCCCGUCCCAGAUAGUGCAGAUUCCCCGGACCUUGUUGGUUCCUGCCCCCCCACCGACAACAACAUGAAGGAUGAUGACAUAAAGAAACGCGUCCGCAUCAAUAAAGAUGGUAGUUUGUCCAUGGAGAUGAAAGUACGCUUUAGAUUACAAAACGACGAAACAUUACACUGGUCCACAAAAGUAAAGAAGACCUCAGGUGGGACCUGUGAGUUCAAGCAAGGACACAGUAACGCCUACUUUGCCCAGGUUAGUGAUAGAAGCUUUUCAGAAUCUGAAACCAUCUCUGCCGAAGAAGCUUGGGUCAGUCGGUCCUAUCAGAGACAUGCAGAGGAACCUCACUGUCCUCAAUGCUUCAGUCACUUCCGGGAUUAUGACAUUUGGGAAAACGUACCUGACACACACGGUGCAAAUCGCUGUGUUCACUCUUCAAGCUCAAGUGCAUCCUCAUACGCUGUGGUCUCUAGGAAGACGAUAGUUGAAAUGCAGUCCAUGUCAAGAUCAAGUGAAGAGCUAACAGAGCAGGUUAUUGAGAAAGAAACUUGUAUAAAGAGCAUAACUCAGGCAGCUGAAACUGUGGAGUACUGCACUGUCAGUGAUGAAGGGGAAGGAGCCUCUCAGAGAACUUCAAGAGCUUCUCAGAAGAGCAACUCGGAAGUAAAUUUCAAAAAACAAGCAUCUAGAUCUUCAGGAGGCUCUAUUACGUCAAAUAAUCCCGACCUCUACCAGAUCUGUCAGUGUGAAGUACCUGCAGGUCAUCCCAAUGAAAGAAAUGAACAAAAUAUAAAUCAAGCGGAGGAAGAACGUGGGAUACUAAUAAGUGCCAUGUCUGUUAAAUCACCUGCCUCUAACACAUCAGAAAACACAGAGAAUGCAGCGUGCAGGGAAAAUCAGGGGAGAAGGUCUAAAAGUGCCAUGUUAUGUUAUUCAGAUGCCUCUACCAAUUCCACAUGUGGUGUUUUGGAUGUUGCCACCAAAGGCCAACGAACAGCUGAUGUAAAAGCUUCACAAGAGCGAUCACCCAGCACCCAGUCUGUAAAAUCUGUCAAGGGAGAACGUUCCAUAAAGUUGGAGCAAUCACAGGAAUAUCUCAAGCCUGAAGAAAAUGGAAAAGAGAGAAGACCAUUGAGUUCUGUGUCAUCCAAAGUGUCGACCAAGUCUAAAGGAUCAAGAAUAUCGUCUGUCCCGAGUGAAAGGCCAGCUGAUGAGGAUUUGGAGCAGCGGACACCCAGUACCAUGUCUGCUAUAUCAAGCGUUUCUGCAGAAUUGAAACACAUAGCAUAUGAGACAUCUGAAGAAGAAAGCAGUCAGAGCUCAGCAGAAGAAAAAGAGAGUGAUCCGAAUGUACAAAGCAGGAUAUCAGAGGAAGGCUAUUUUUCUCCAAAGUUGGAAAACAAAAGAACACAAGGUGCACAGUCUGUUGGGUCAAACUCAUCUGCACCACUUCAAAAAUCUACAGAUUUCGAAGCAACAACUGUGAGAACCACCAGUGUGAUGUCGGUUAAGUCUAAUGCUUCUGCCAAAAGUGCAGAUGCGGAGUCUCAUGAUGCAAAUUCUGAAAACACAAACCAAGAAAGACCACAAAGCACACAUUCAACCCAAUCAGUGAAGUCUAUUGUGUCAAAUAAAUCUACAAAAUCAGAAAGACCUCAAACAGCUGAAAUCCUUGAGCACAAAGAUGAUGACAGUGUUGAAAAUGGAGAUGUUGAAGAACCAAGGGAAGUUACGAAAAUGUCAAACAAUUCAGAGGAAAGAACAGCAGGUUCUCUGUUUCAAUCAAAGGUAACUCCAGUUCAAAAAAGUGAUACCCAUGGGGAUAACUCUCAUGAAACUCUAUUUGAUGGAGAGAUCCAAAGAUCAUUGAGCUCAUUGUCUGCAACAUCGAAGAGAUCAAACUGCUCUGGAUGUCCUCCUAAUGAAAAUACUGAGAUUUCUCUGGAUGAAAAUAGAGUACAUACUGAAGACAGCAGCUCAAGCAGUAUUUCAGUCAACUCAGUCCAAUCCCAUACACAAAGAGCAUCAAGUGCUCUGUCAAGUAAAUCAGCAAAGUCAUGUACUUCCAUGAAGUCUAACAAGUCAAAUACAGAAAAUUUUGGUGACAAAACAUCUAAAGAAGAAGCACCAGAGAGACCACAGAGUGGAGUGUCAGUCAUCUCCACAGAAUCAAGAGAAGGAGAUCUUGUAGCAGAAAAACACAUGUCUGAAUGUAAAAAACACGUGGAGAGAAUUCCAAGUAAUCUGUCUGUCAGAUCAGAAAAAUCCCACACUUCCUUGACAUCCCAGAAAACAAAUGUUUCUGACAUUUGCUUGGGAAAUGAGGAUAGUAUUGUUGACGGAGAGGAUGAACAGAGACCGUUGUCAAGUCAUUCAGUUGUCUCUGAUGUUUCUGUAAGAUCAAACAAGUCAAAAUGUCAAAAUGAUGAUUCCAGAGAAACUCCUGAUGUUAAAAAUACCAGAGAAUCAAAUGAAGUAAGACCAUCAAGCAGUAAAUCUUCCAGAUCCAAACAGUCUUCUGCCUCAAAAAAAUCUGAGAAAAGACCACAAAGUGCUUUGUCAGCUAAAUCAGCAAAGUCAGUCAAAUCUGAAGUCCUCAGUGUUGAAAAUGGCAUAAAAGCUGGAACACAAGAGGAUCCAGAUGAGAGUCAAGAAAGAGCCAAGAGCGUCCUGUCUGCCAAAUCAGGAAAAUCGGUUAAAUCUGCAAAAAGUCACAAACUUGAAGAAAGUGAUGUGAAGGAAAACGUGUCUGACAGUGAUCAUGAAAAUAGACCUCCCAGCAUUUUGUCUGUCAGAUCAGCAAAAUCCACAAUGUCAAAAGUUUCCACAACAUCUAAGAAAUCCAACAUUUCUGAAACCUGUCUGGAAGGAGGUGUAGACAAUCUUGAUGAGAGAAAUAUCAAAGGAGGGAGUGGCAGCGAACAUGUUAGGUCUGCAUCUGUGCAGUCAGUUAAAUCAAGUGUUUCUAAAAAAUCAAAAACACCAGAAAGUCGAGUAGGUGUUCCUCCUGAUGAAGAGUCUGUUACCAGUAAGCAGAGUUCUAAAGAAGACGUUAAUGAAAGACCUCCAAGUGAUAUGUCAGCCAAAUCAGAGGAGUCAAGUUUCUCAGAAAUGUCCAUAAAUUCUGCAGAGACAGCAAAUAGUGCCAGGUCAUCCAAAUCAGCAAGAUCACGUGGUUCAACUAAAUCAGUCAAAUCAAAAGCUUCUGAAAACUGUUCAGGCAAAAUCCCUGAUGAAAAACGUGGUGAAAAUCUAGAGGGAACAAAUGGUCAAGAUUGUCCAACAGAGAAGGAAGCAUCUGAUGAUGACCUGCCUGUAGAGAGAGCUCUCAGUGAGUUAUCAGGAAAGUCAGCGACACUAAACGCUGCUACAGAUGUUUAUGAAGUUUGCUCAGAAGAUGGAGUGGACCAUCCUGACAAAAGAAUUGUUCGGGGAGGGAGUGAAGGAAGACUGCCGUCAGCUCAGUCAUUUGACUCAAACAUAUCUGCAAAUGAAUCAAAUUGUACCACUGACGUGCCCGUUGGUUCUGACAUUGUCUCCAGUGAAGAAACCUUCAAAGAGCUGGAAGUAGAAAGAGCAGGAAGUGCAGUUUCAACCAAAUCUGUCCAUUCAAACAUCUCAGAAAUGUCUGGAAGUCAUGGAAAGAAAACCUCAAGUGCUUUAUCAGCUAAAUCAACAAAGUCGUCUACUUCCGAAAAGUCUGUACACUCAAAAGACUCAGAGCCUCAGUCUGCAAGAGCUUCUACAGUAGAUAGCAAAGAUCAGGAGAGGACAGGGAGUGCAAUUUCAGUUCAAUCUAAUAAUUCAGAGAAUUCUGUUCAGUCAAACAGACCACAAUGUUCGGAUGUGGAGAGCCCAACUGAUUGUGAAGAACAAGCAGACAGAGCACAAACCAAUCUAUCAAUCAAAUCUGGAAAGUCUGCUAAAUCAAAAAUUUCUACUGCGUCUAAAAGAUCGAAUGUUUCUGAAGAAGUGAACACUGAUGGAGACAACAUAGUGAGUGAGGAAAGAGCAUCUUCUUGCACAUCGAACAAAUCAGUCCAGUCCCACGUGACUGAGAGAUCCAGAAAGUCUUGUGCUGCUGGAACUCAUGAGGACAGUGCAGAGAGAACACAGAGUGCACUGUCGGUCAAAUCAACCAGGUCUACAAAAUCUAAUGAGUCUAAAGGAAUGGAUGAUUCAGCCAAAAGACACACACCUGAUGAGAAGGAGAAGGAAAGUAGAACCUUAAGUAACAUGUCAGAGCGAUCUAAAUCAAUUGAGUCCAAUGUUUCUGCAGUGUCCAAGAACUCUGAAGUCUCCAUUUCCUGUGAACUUAACACUGAAGAUGCAACUGAAAAACAGCAUGAGGAAGAAGAUCUUGGAAAUAGGUCAGUGAAGUCAAAUACAUCUGCAAGAUCAAGUCGAUCAAAAUGUGAAUCUGAUUUCCCAAAUAAGGAAAACAGUCGGCCAAGGUCCCAAGGUUCAGCAAUAUCUGUGAAAUCUAAUAUGUCUGGAAGCUCUGUUCACAACACUCCAGACGAGAGAUAUGAGGAAGAAAGUCAGACAGAGCAAAGAGUACAUCCUCUAAAAAAUCAAGAACUUCUAAAAAAUCCAAGAAGUCAAAGGUCUCAGCAUCUCCAGCUGAAGGAAGUGCUUCUGAUUCUGAUGACAUGACAAGAUCUGCAAGCUCUUUAUCAGCCAGCUCAGCAAAGUCAAAUUUUUCUGAAGCUAAGAAAUCAAAAGCCUCCAAUCAACAGUCCGGA